UCCUCCUCUUCCGCUGGGUGUAGCUAGCGAGUGCUGUGAGCCGAGCUCUCCGGAGCCCGGGAGGCGUGUCACCUGGGCUGCGCCUCCUCCUGCCGAGGGUGGUGACCGGCCUCCUUUCUCCUUCGAGCCGAGAAACAGCACAAGGCAGAGCCGGAGGCGGCGGCGGCCAAAGAGCCAUGUCGCUCCUCUCGCUGGCGCUGCCUGCGAUACGAGUCUAUUGGAUCGGCUUCCGCGUCGUGUUGCACCAGCUGCUCCGCCGCCUCCUCCGACCAGGCUGGCCUUUGAAGCCAGUUUUUCCUCUUCAAAAUGGGAAUGUUGCCAUAGUGACCGGAGGCACUAGAGGAAUUGGUUACCAUACUGUGAAGUAUUUGGCAAGACUUGGCAUGCACGUCAUAAUAGCUGGAAACAAGGAAAAAGAAGGCCAAGAAACUGUGAUGAAAAUAAAAGAAGAAGCUUUAAAUGCAAAAGUGGAGUUUUUAUACUGUGAUUUGGCUUCCAUGAAGUCCAUACAUCAAUUUGUUCAAGCAUUUAAAGCAAAGAAUUACCCACUUCAUGUCCUGAUCAAUAAUGCUGCAGUGAUGCUGGUGCCUGAAAGGAAAACAGAGGAUGGGUUUGAGGAACACUUUGGUAUUAACUACAUGGGACACUUCUUGUUGACUAACCUUCUCUUGGAAACACUGAAGCAAUCAGGAACCCACAGCCACAAUGCUCGAAUUGUCACUCUCUCAUCAGCUACCCAUUAUGUAGCAGAAUUACAUCUUAAUGAUCUGCAAAGCAGUUGCUUGUAUUCACCCCACGGAGCCUACGCCCAAAGCAAACUUGCCCUUGUUCUGUUUGCCUACCGACUACAACAUCUCCUGACAGCAGAAGGGAGCCACGUGACUGUUAACGUUGUAGAUCCCGGAGUAGUGAAUACUGAUCUCUACCAAAAUGUCUGCUGGGCAGCGAAAAUGGUCAAGUGGAUGACAGGCUGGCUUCUCUUAAAGAGCCCAGAAGAGGGUGCAUCCACAUCAAUCUAUGCAGCAGUUUCACCAGAGUUGGAAGGCGUUGGCGCCUGCUAUCUUUGCAACGAGCAAAGGACAAAAUCUGCGGACGUCUCCUAUGAUGAGGAGUUGCAGAAAAGACUCUGGACAGAAAGUUGCAGACUUGUUGGGAUCCCUGAUACAGCACCGUAGGAGGGCUCGGAAAAUAGCCACAGCUUGCUGUGUGAAUGCAAUACGUCCCACCGGCCUCUGUUGUGUGGCAUCACUCAUACUUCCGGAAUUCACUGUUCAGUCACGCCGGCAAAUAAGAACUCUGUUUGAGCUACCAGUCAGCUAGUGGUGGUGGCGGCAGUGGUGAUGAUGGGCAAGUGGUUCCCAUCCAGAAUUGUGUGUACGGUGGUUUUUGAACUUGACCAUCCAUUUUGUAAUCAUGAUGUUUCAGUCUGUGAUUAAAUAUAUAUAUAUAUCUUUAACCUUA